AUGGCGCUCGAGGCCCAACCGCCGCCGAUGUCUGGUCUCCCACGCGAGACGCCGAUCGACCUCACGACGGACGACGACGAGCAACCGAAGCCCGGCACGCCCGGCGCGGCCUUCCCUCCCCCGCAGGCCGCAUAUCCCUACCCGCUCCCCUACUACGCGCCCUACCCCCCGCCGCCCGGCCAGCCGUUCCCGAUGCACCACCCGUACCCCGGCUAUUAUCCCUACCCGCCCCCGCCGCCCGACUUGAACGGGGGCCACCCGUACCCGCCCCA